AGCAGCCAGGGACCCGUCUACGGUGAGAGUUCAGCGAGGGACACCAAAGGGUACAGUUACCUCUGCCAUCGCCAUGAGAGUCCAUCAUUGUCACUUACACGGUCAUUACCCGGGACCACAGCGCAGAGACCCAAUAUCAACACUACAUCAGUACUGCUUUUUUCCACAAGUCUAUCUCCCAUUCAUCAUCUAGUCAUACCCGAUUCAGCCAGAGACUGAACCUCAAACACCUCGCGUAAUAAGUCCUUCCAGAAGCAGCAUCACGAUUGCUCAUCCCUCAAUCCUCCGAAGCAUGCAUAUCAGCACGACCCGACAGUCUGGUAAUAAACGGCCCGUUUACAAGGCAAAUUUCCCCCCUUCUGCAACCACGCAGGAGGAUAAUUCCCGUCCUUUCCGUGCCCUAUUCUGCCUAAACCUCCGGAAUACAAGUGAAACGAGGAGGACGACAAUGACACUCCUGUGAUUGCUUUAGGCAGCCUCCUUGUUGAUCAAUAUCCAUUCACUUGCAUAAGGCUAGCCCUACCACGCUGCAUCAUGUUUGCUUCAAAAUGCUCCGGAGCCAUGCCAUAUACUGUACCUAACUAUCUAUAAUUCGGAGAUGAUCUACCUGUGGGUUGUAAUGCCUCGGUGGGUUCAUGACGUUCAACCAUGCUUGGCCCUGCUCGUCGUACUUUCAAGGGCGAUUAUGUCAAAAGUCCGUCCCUUGUCCUGCCUUACCGCCUGGCCCGAAACCUGAAGUUCGAUCGCAAGAACACCCCCACAAGCUAAAAAGUUCAGGCAUGUUAAGUCAAGGGGGAAGGGGAGACCACGAUCCCCUCACGACGGCGCGGCACGGCCUCAGUUUCCGGAACCAGCAGUGGGGUGCGUUUGUGGUCCCAAGGUUACAUCCGUUCCGUGAAGAAGGAGAAAGAGGGAGAAGGGCAACACUGCCGGAGAUUAUUUAGGUCGAGAACGGCACUGUGAUAUGGAGGGAGAGAGAGAGUUUCAAGUGGGAGGCAAAGCAGAGAGAGAGAGACACAAGUAAAAUUAAGAGGCGACGGCGUAGCAGCAUUGAUAAGGAAUGACAAACCAACAAACUUCAGAUAGGAAGUGUCACAACUGAACUCUGUGGUUAGUGGUGUUCAGUUGAAUGCAACAGGCACUGCCGUUCCGCUGACGGAAUGUUAAAGGACGGCACUUUUAGACCAGGAACCACUUUGCUAGGCCAGCUAGCUAGCUCGCAUCGCGGAUUGACUAAACUAGAGUGAAACUAAUGGAUAUGGAGAAACUAUCGAUGUCAGAAAGAUUGAAAGAAGAAUGGUCGGAAAACACACAUAAUCCCCUCCGACCCAAUUCGGCCCUCGGAUGGAGGUCCUGCGAACGGUAACCACCUCCGUUCUAGAAGGUUUCUUCGGCCGUGGGCACCAGAUUCUGAUACUGACGACGCAAAGGACCAGCAUGAUCUGAUCUGAUAUUCAUUACUAGGAGAGUCUGGGGGUUUGUUUUGUUAGGGAUUGCUUGUGAAAACAUCCUAUUACCGGU